CAGAUUCAGAUUUCAGACUUAUAUUUAUACAGUAGUUUGAUAAGAAUGAAUUAAUGAGAGUAUACCAUAAUACCAAUAGUCAAAUUCUUCAAAUACACCAAAACAAAAAAGCUUUGAAACUAAACGAUAAUGGCUGAUCCAAUAUCAGAACCAUUGUUGUCUCAUCUCACCGAUGAUUCUGGAGUCAACGAAAAAACCAGAUUAGAAGCAUUGACUUUCGACAAGAUCGUCGAACAAAGUCUAUCAGAUUUCGGAUUCUGGCAAUUUUUCCAGAUUUCCCUCGUUGGACUAGCUUUGCUCUUCGACGCUCAGCAGAUAUUCAUCACCGUGUACACAGAUGCUUAUCCCACGUGGCACUGUCUUAACCACACGAUCUGUGAUCCUUCAGCCUCCGACAUCUGCAAGCUUCCAAGAUCAGCUUGGGAAUGGGACGGUGGCUCCCAGGGCAAAUCCGUCAUUUCCGAAUUUGGCCUCGAGUGCUCGAGCUCUUUACUCAGAGGUAUGCCUAGUUCUGCUUUCUACAUCGGUGCCAUUGUUGGAGGGUUUUUUCUUGCUUUGAUUCCAGACGAUUCCUUGGGUCGCAAGAAACUAGUUUUGUUCUCAACCUUUGCAAUGUCAAUCACUUCAAUCUCUGUUAUCUUCUCAACCAAUGUAUGGAUUUAUACAUUCCUUAAGUUUAUCAUUGGAUUUUCGCGAUCACAGACCUGGUCAUACGCGUUGGUUCUCAUCAGUGAGCGAGUCUCCACCAGAUGGAGACCGAGAGCUACGAUGAUUCCAUUUACCCUAUUCGUUUUAGGGUUUAUGUCGUUGUCUGGAAUCGCUUUCCUUGCACAAGAUUCUUCAUGGAGAUAUCUAUAUCUAUACACAUCAGUUCCAGCGGUAUUUUACUGUAUCUUCCUCUACCUCUUCGCACUCGAAUCGCCUCGGUGGCUUCACAUGCAAGGAAAGGAUAAAGAAGCCAUUGAUGUUCUCACAAAGAUGUCACCGAAGGAAAAAGCUUAUUUGGAAUCAGUGGUUUCUAAGUUACCCCUCAAGCAAGAAAACUUUGAACAAGCGCCAACUUACUCGAUUAAGGACUUCUUCUUCCGAAAAUGGGCUUUUCGUAGGAUUUUAGUUGUUAUGAUCAUAAUGUUUGGGUUGGGAAUAUCGUAUUACGGCGUUCCUUUAGCAGCUAGAGACAUAGACGUCAACAUCUACUUGAGUGAAACCCUAAAUGCAUUGGUGGAGUUGCCUACUUUUGUUAUCACUCCGAUCUUAUUGGAGAGAUUCAACAGAAGAAGCUCUGUUCUUGUGAAUACCUUACUCGGUGGGGCAUCAGGGGUGCUCUGUUUCGUUCUCAGCAUUCUCGGCAAAACAGAGAUCGCGUUUGCCUUCGAACUCGGAACAUUCUUCUGCGCUAGAAUCGGAUUUAACCUUAUGGCAGUUUUUAUGGUUGAAAUGUUUCCAACUUGUGUGAGAAGCUCGGCAACAAUGAUGUUUAGACAGGCUCUUGUCGUUGGAGGAGCUUGUUGUCCGCUAAUUGCUUCGAUUGGAAGAUACAUACCCUCAGUAUCGUUUGCGAUUUUUGGAAUUGCAAUGUCUGGUUUAGGAAUGUUCGUUUUGAUUCUGCCUGAGACAAAAGGUUUGAGUCUCUGCGAUUCGAUGGAAGAACAAGAAAAGAGAGAUCAAGCCGUAAAUACCAGCCAUGUUUGCUGAGAGUUUAAGAGUUUGUUUAGCUCAAACAUUCUCCAUUUUCAUAUGUUUUCUAUUAUGUGAUGUUUGUCUUGAUUUUAAGAGUAAACUAUUUUAAGUUGUGUCAAGUAAAAACUAAAGAGU